AUGGUUCUCAAACCAUGCGUACUCGAGACGACGAAGACAGAAGGAGACUCGAGGAUUGAAGAAGGCAGUGAUGGCAAAGUCAAAAUUGAGGAGCGUCGCGAUACUAAAGCUGAUAAUGACAUCCUAAAGGCGCCUGAAUGGGAUGUGGACAGCUUCGACGGUUUAGAGUAUUAUUCGUCUUCGGAUCCCGCCUCCAAUGAGCAGCUUUCAUCUGACGAGUUGGAGGCUUUGAAAAACUACAACAUCGUCAAACGCCAGCUGAUCGACAGCAAGGGAUUUUACUUGGAUCCAGACCGUAGGCAUCUGUACAAAAGCAUCUGUACUACAAGUUUGGACCGGAUUGCACUUUGGGGCAAAACCUUUCGUGACUACUGGGAAGAGAUGGUACAUGUCUGUCUCCAGAAACACAACCAAGACAAGGUGUGUAAUGUGGAGUUCGUUGAAGUUGUGAGAGGUAAUUAUCGCGGAGGACCGAGAUCAAAGUCAUACAUUACGUUUAUGGCUAGGGAGAAGCCGGAUGGACCUCUUGUGGAGUAUCAAGCUAAGUGUAUGGUUACUUUGAACAGAAAGAGGCAUCCCAUCCUAUGUAGACCGGCUCCUACACCAAAGCCUUGAAACCAAACUUGUUUAAAGUAGGGGUUGCUCUUAGGUCUUAGCCAGUUCAGAUUUUCUGUGUCCAUGCUCAAACGUGAUUAGAUAUAUGUAUGUCAU